GAUUUGAGUUCAUUAUUAUCACGGUGGAUGACUGGACAAACUCUUACAAAAAAUGAUUAACAGUUCUCUGUGAGUUAUGCUUUCCAUUAGAAUAUCAUCCCUCAUUCAAAUUCUUUACUUAAGAGCUAUUACUUAAAUUUUGAUCUUUAUUGUUGGCAAAUAGUUAGGAUGUACAGACUGUGGAUUACAUAGGCUUGGCAAUACUAGAACUUGGGCAAACAAACAAACUAGAUAGCGUAAGGUUGUCUUCUUAUGAGAGUUGGUUAUGAAUUAUUUCGUCGAAAUUGGGAUAUCUUCCCAAGACUGUUACAUUUUUUCUACAAUAUUUUUGGUUAAAAUUAGUGAGUCUUGACCACCAAAGUCAAGUGGUUGUUUGGUUGGAGUCCUUGAAUCUACAAUUCCUAUGUUAUUCUCAUGAACGGAAUAAAAUUGUUUGAUUGACCAAGGGGGGGUUUAGGUAAGCAACUCCCCCCAUUCAGUGAGAAUUAGAACUUUCUUACUAUACUUAGCUGUUAUGCCAAUCAAACGACUACGAGUAGUUCCUAAAAUGUAUUGGAAGUCAACUAAACAGCUACAAGUACAAAAUUUGAGGUUUUCUUUGGAAAAAAAAAAAAAAAAAACAAAAACAAAAGCUAGGUACUUGUUAGUGUGUAUGUAUUUACUCUUACUAUUUAGUUUAUGGGUGUAAGUGAAGUCUGGUAAAGGUAUGUUACUGAAGUUGGGUACAAGCGACCAAAUUGAGUGUUGGGACAGUAGGCGAACAAUGACGAGAUGUUAGGGUCAGCUAACUUAGAAACGAAUAUAAGCAAAAGGCCCAAUAAUAAAAAAAGACAUCCCAAUACCAAAUAGGUUAGGCCCAACUUGAGCUUGAUACUUCCUUCUUCUGAAAGGAGAAGACGACAUGUCUGUCAACAUUAAAAAUUGGUGCUAUAUCUAUCUAUGGCCACAACCACAAUCGAGCUUACUUGAAAAUCUGCUCAAACUUUUCAAUGUCAAAAUAAGAUGUGCUAUGCUUCUGCUAUCAUGUAAUCUCAUCCUCUUUAAUUUUCAUUUCUUUUUAAAUUCUCUUCAUUCUUCAUGUAAGCUCAAUGUUAUUGCAACUCCGAAUAAAUCUAUUUGGCUUCAUCUGGGCAAUUACUAGUCAGUACUAAAUCAGCUUUGCCAUACCGAUUUUAAGGAGAAACAUCAAUUUUGCUUAAUUUGACUAUCCUAUCCAAAUUUCGCCACAUCCUCAAUUAUGACCAAAUUAAAGACUCUAAAGUAUCAAGUAUGUCUGAUUUUUUCUUCAACAACAAAAAAAAAAAAAAAAAAAAAAAAAAAAAAAAAAAAAUGUAUGUCUGAAUUUUGUUUUUCUUGCAGAAAUUUGCCCAUCUUUACAUGCCUUUUGGGUUUUGUAACACUUUAUUUUGGGCAUUUUUUAGUUUAACUGAGGCCAUCUUAUGAUUCUUAUCUAUCAAGGGUUAAUUGACUUGCUCGCAUGGCAAUUGCAAGCUAGAUGGUGCUUACUGCUUAGCAUGUCAUAUCAGUUUCCCUGAAAAGCAGCAAAUGUCGAUGCUGAAGCUCCAGGAAUCAAUGAUAAUGAAUAUCAUCUUUCCAAGAACGAAUACCCCAGCCUAGAGCGUGCUAAAUAUAGUGUGGUAUGGACACUGAAGGUCAAGUUGGUGAUGUGAACUAUGCUUGGCCUACGGAGGCCUCAGGUGAAGCUCUAUGCUCACACAUUGAAAGGCGUAAAAGGCUUCCUUAUCCAGUUGAAAAGGAAAAACCUGUCAGUCUCUGGUCUAUGAUCAAAGACAAUGUAGGAAAAGAUCUUACGAGAGUAUGUCUCCCAGUGUACUUCAAUGAACCUAUAUCAUCACUUCAGAAAUGCUGUGAAGACUUGGAGUAUUCCUACCUUUUGGAUCGAGCGUAUGAAUAUGGUCAAGCGGGAAACAGUCUUAUGAGAAUUGCGAACGUUGCAGCCUUUGCCGUUUCUGGCUAUGCAUCUACAGAAGGCCGACUCUGUAAACCAUUUAAUCCUUUGCUAGGGGAAACUUAUGAAGCUGACUUUCCUGAGAAAGGAAUUCGGUUUUUCUCUGAGAAGGUAAGCCACCACCCCACUCUCAUAGCCUGCCAUUGUGACGGUAAAGGGUGGAAGUUCUGGGCAGAUAGUAACUUGAAGACCAGCUUUUGGGGUCAAACUAUUCAACUUGAUCCAGUUGGAGUAUUGACUCUUGAGUUUGCUGAUGGAGAGAUAUUCCAAUGGAGCAAGGUUACAACUAGCAUUCAUAACCUUAUCAUUGGAAAAAUUUAUUGUGAUCAUCAUGGAAUGAUGCACAUACGUGGUAACCGUCAGUACUCAUGCAACCUUAAAUUCAAAGGGCAGACUUUUCUUGACAGGAAUCCCCGCCAGGUUCAUGGUUUUGUUGAAGAUGGCGAAGGGAGCAGAGUAGCAACAAUAUCUGGAAGGUGGGACGAUAGUAUUUAUUGUAUUGAAGGAGAUGGAAAGAAUAAGCGUAAAGAUUUAAAUUCAUCAGAUGAUGCUUCUUUGAUUUGGAGAAGGACCAAACCUACUCCUAAUCUUACUCGAUACAACUUAACACCAUUUGCCAUUACUCUCAAUGAACUUACUCCUGGGCUUAAGAUUAAGGAGAAGCUUCCCCCAACAGAUUCAAGGCUUAGACCUGACCAGCGACAUCUAGAGAAUGGGGAGUAUGACAGGGCGAAUGUUGAGAAGCUACGUCUGGAGACGAGGCAGCGAAUGUCAAGGAAAAUACAGGAAGAUGGAUGGCGACCUCGAUGGUUUGAGAGAGAAGGUGAAGACGGACCUUACCAUUAUAAAGGUGGAUAUUGGGAGGCUAAAGAGAAGGGAAAUUGGGAUGGGUGCCCAGAUAUCUUUGGAGAAAUUAUUGAAGCCUCUGACAACCUCAACCCAAGAGGCUAAAGAAUGAACAUAGUUAACUAAGAAGCUGUCUGAACCUGGUGGCACUACCCAAAUCUGAAACUGUUAUAGCCGCCCUUGCUGCUAUCAUUUGAAGCGCACCAUUUUAUGAGGAAGUGGGAGACUUUCAAGUUAAUCCGCUGCUCUCUUUUGCUGAUGUAUGGAGAUUUCACAGUUUUAUUGGCCAGAAAAUGAGAGUAAGGUCGACAAAAUUCUUGUGGAGCCACCAAAGUAAAAAAUGUAGUCCUUGUUAUAGUUAGAUGAUUUUUUGUAUUUUCAGAGGAAUAAAUGUGGAGGGAUCUUUUUGGGUGCAGGAAUCACAGAGAUGUAUGUAGGAAAUUGUGGUAAAUAUCUGCAGCUUAAUAUUUCCAUUACUUAGUUUUCCAGCCCCCAGUUGUAUCACCCCUUUUAUUUUCCCUUUUUCCUCCAAAGCUGUAAAUUUUAUAAAGUGUAGUCAUAAAAAAGGUCGCAUUGAAACUAUUCGAGUUAUUUUUGUAAUACUACCUCAUGUCAUUCAAAGGCAACUCAUAACAAUUCAUUAUUGAUUUUUGUUA